AUGGCAGAGGAGAAGAUCCCAAAGGUGACGUCUGCCUUGGAGGAGGCCAACCUGAUGCAGGUGCUCGUGACCAGCAAGGAGGUGCAGCGCAGCGCGCUUCACGCCCUCGGGUCCGCGAAGGCGAAGGACUCCCGGGUGGCGCUCAUCGCCAUGACCUUGCGAGGCGGGGCCAAGAGCUUCGACAAGGUCCUCAAGAUGAUUGACAGCAUGGUGGCGCUGCUUGGGGAAGAGCAGGCGUCCGACGAUGCAAAAAAGGCGUACUGCGAGAAGGAGCUGGACACCGCCGAGGACGAGAAGAAGGCACUCGACAUCAAGUUGAGUGACCUCGAAAAGGCGAUCGACGAUACGGAAGAGAGCAUCGCCACCCUCGCGGAGGAGAUCAAGGCCCUAUUGAAAGGUAUCAGUGACCUCGAUGCGCAGGUCAAGGAGGCCACAACCGCCCGCGAGGACGAGAACGCGCUUUACAAGAAGACCAUGCAGGAGGACGGUGCCGCGAAGGACAUCUUGAAGAUGGCGAAGAAUCGCCUCGCCAAAUUCUAUGCUCCCAAAAUGUACCAGCCCCCGGCGCAGGAGGAGCGCAGCUCCAUGGGCCGCAUCUCGGAGGAGAUGUCCUUGCAGCAGCAGGAAGCUUCCCCUGGACCGCCGCCAGAGACGUGGAGUGCCUACGCGAAGAAGAACGAAGAGCACGGUGGCGUCAUCGCGAUGAUGGACCUGCUGAUCGCGGACCUGGACAAGGAGAUGACCAUGAUGACCACGGAGGAGAAGGAUGCCCAGAAGGAGUACGAGGAGUUCAUUGCAGACGCUGGCGAGAAGCGCGCAGCAGACUCGAAGUCGGCCGAGCAGAAGAGCGGCGAGAAGGCUGAAUUGGAGGCAGCCCUGAUCAAGCUGCAGCAGGACGCGAAGGAUACCACCAAAGAGGCGUACCUGAAGGAGGUCGAGAUCAAGGAUCUUCACAUGGAGUGCGAUUGGCUCAUCUCCACCUUCGAGGUGCGCAAGGAGGCGCGCGCUGGCGAGGUUGACUCACUCAAGAAGGCGAAGGCUGUGCUGUCGGGCGCGGACUACUCGCUGGUCCAGACGUCGGUCCGCCACAGUGACACCGUGGUGAGCGGCCACGUGGAGCGCGCCUUUGGCGUAGGCCGGUCGCUGCUCCCGCGCCUGGCGGUGCCCAGUGCGGCGGGCUCGGCCGCGCCCUGCCGGACGGCCGAGGCGCUGGACGACGGGGCGUCUUCGGACGGGGCGUGUGGCCGGUCCGAGGUGAUAGAUGUGCCGUCCGAUGCCGUCCUCGUCCUGGAGAAGGAUGCCGCAGGGGCGCCGCAGGGCUGCGUCUCUGCGCUGGCCGUGCGCGUGAGGCUCCAGGGCCUGCGCAGUGGCCUCGGAGCCUCGGCCGAGCCCGCCACGAGCGGCGCGCCGAAG